AUGGGCCCUGAGCCAAAGCCCGUUUACCAAGACAGAAUCAGUCUCUUUGCCGAGAACGGCAACAACUUUCAUGCAGCCCUCCCUCUCGGAAAAUCUUCUCACGACAACCCUCGGGAGUUUAGGGUCAAACUCAGCACUGGAGAGAUGCUUGACUGGCUUCUUCAAUUUGAGUACAACAAGGAACAGCCGUUUCUCAAGUUGUUUUCCCGUAUUCAGCUUGGAUUGAGCAAAACGACGCCAGUGGUCGUUCUCGAGCCCAAUCAAAUACGUCACCAGAAAAUGGACAUACUCUCGCCAACCGGCAUGGUCAUGAACGACGGAAUCGGCCUCAUGUCUCGCGCACUUGCUCGCAAAGUCAGAGAUGUUCUUGGACUAAGUGAUGUCCCGUCUGCUGUUCAGGGUCGCUUUGGUCCUGCCAAGGGCAUGUGGAUGACCGACAUCUUUGAUGACGACGACGGCCUGUGGAUAGAGACGUGGCCGUCUCAACGGAAGUGGGAAUGUGACAAUGUUGACCCGCAGCAUCGCACGCUCGAAAUACGUGCUCAUUCGAUGGAGCCACGAUCUGCCAGCCUCAACGUCCAGUUCCUUCCAGUUCUCGAAGACCGAGCCAAAGACAGAAACGCAAUGAAACACACUAUUGGAAAGAUCCUUGGGGACGAACUAUAUCGGUCGCUAGAGGAGCAAAAGAACGCGAUGAAGUAUCCCUUGGAGUUCCGCAAAUGGAAUGUUCAAAAUUCUUCCACGAGAAAGCAGCGGCUUACCUGUGGACGGGUGCCUUUCUUGGCUGGUCUUCCGGACUCGCAAGAAGAGACCAUGAACUUCCUUCUGGAUGGUGGAUUCGAGCCACUGAAGCAGAAGUUCCUCCAAGAGAUUGCCUGGAAUCUAAGGCGAAGCAAGUGCGAAAAUCUGUUGAAGAAGAUGAGCAUCCAGGUGCCCAACUCAGCCUACUUCUUCAUGGUGGUCGACAUGUGGAACAUACUUGAAGAGGACGAAGUACACUUAUGCUUUUCAUCAAAGUUCCAGACGGAGACCUUUUCGGACUCCAUGCUCCAUGGUUGCGACGUCCUCGUGGCUCGCUCUCCAGCGCAUUUUGUGAGCGAUAUCCAGAGGGUGAGGGCCGUAUUCAAACCGGAGCUACACGCUCUCAAAGAUGUCAUUGUUUUCUCGGCCAAAGGAAACGUGCCUCUUGCAGACAAACUGUCAGGUGGUGACUAUGACGGUGACAAGGCAUGGGUCUGCUGGGAGCCAGCCAUUGUGUCAAAUUUUGAAAACGCAGAGGUACCGCCAAGCCCCGAUUUAUCAAGCUACUUGAGGAAAGACAAAACAACGUUUGGGGAUCUUGUUCAACAGCAAGGUGAAAAGGCUGUAUCGGAAUUGAUCAACCGCAGUAUUGCCUUCAGCAUGAAGCCUAGCUUCUUGGGAAUUGCAACCGCCUACAAGGAGAGGCUCUGCUACCACCUCAACAGUGUGAACAACUCUUACGCCCUCUGGUUAAGCGCCCUUUUGGGCAAACUUGUUGACCAGGCCAAACAGGGCUUUGACUUUACGACAGAAGAUUGGUAUAGGUUCUGCCGAGAGCGACUCGACAGUCACCAUUUCAACGGUCUGUCAGAGCCGGCUUACAAGUCUGAAAGUUGGUCGCACGCGCAAUCACCAGUCCACAUAAUCGACAUUUUAAGGUUCGUGGUGGCGAAGCCAGCUAUUGAAAAGGAACUGGCAAAGUUCCACAAGUCAAUGUCCACGAGAUCGAAUGAAUCGGGGUAUGAGCUGCGAUCUCUUCGCUCGAUCAAAGCUAGCGAAGAGGAGCUUACAGCGGAACUGUGGGAUGCUGAUCUUACCAAGCUUCAUGAUGAAUUCGCGAAACUUGCAACGAAGAACCCGAUCUUGAAAAAGAUUUUGCGACAUCUCAAGACCGACUUGGAAGGCGCCGAAAAGAGUUGGAGCGAGAAGGUUGGCUCGAGCAGAGACAAGGACGACAUGAACCGCGCCAUACUAGAAGUCUAUGAAGAAUGGCGCUCAAUUCAACCCCGUCUAGAUGGUGCGCUUGAGCCACUGACCGAUGCUUUACUGAGGCAGACGUACGCGAGCGAGGACCACACUACCUGGGCUUUACUGCGCGCCAGUACAACAUUCAAGAUGUUUUACAAUCGCAAAACAAAGUUUGCUUGGCGGAUGGCGGGCAUCCAACUGCAGUUCAUAAAGGCAAUGACUACAGCAGGGCUUGACAGGGUCCUUGUCCCUGUGGUCCCGAGCAUGUAUGCGGCGCUGAAGCCGGAUGCCAAAUUCGUCACUCAGGCCACCUCAAGACUGAAGGAUGAAGGAUCCGAGUAUCCUGGUCUCGGCUCUGAUGGCGAGGGUGAUUGGGAUGGGUCAGAGGGCGAGGAAUGA